AUGGUGGACAAAGACGAAGAAGGCCUGGCCACUUACUGGCAAAGUGUCACAUGGAAAAGAUACCCAGAGCCUCUGGUAGCUAACAUCACAUUAUCCUGGAACAAGACUAUUGAGUUAACGGAUGACAUUGUAGUCACCUUUGAGUAUGGACGGCCCACCGCCAUGAUGCUAGAGAAAUCAUUAGACUAUGGCAGAACUUGGCACCCUUACCAAUACUACGCUGAUGAUUGUAUUGAAGCAUUUGGUAUGACCCCUAAGAAGGUGGUGAAUCUCAUAGCGAGUAACGUCACCCGUGUGCUGUGCACAGAGGAGUACUCCCGCUGGGCGGGCUCCAAAAAAGAGAAAAACGUGCUCUUUGAGGUUCGAGAACGUUUUGCCAUCUUUGCUGGCCCAGAUCUGCGAAAGAUGGAGAACUUUUACACUCGGAUGGAGAGCGCCAAAGGUUUAAAGGACUUUUUCACGCUCACCGACCUGCGGCUCCGAUUGUUGCGCCCAGCCCUGGGUGGGACAUACGUACAGCGAGAUAAUCUGAGAAAGUAUUUCUACGCCAUUUCCAACAUAGAGGUGACAGCCAGGUGUAAAUGUAACUUACAUGCCAACGCAUGCAACUUCCGAGAUGGGGCCCUACAAUGUGAGUGUGAGCAUAACACCACCGGACAGGACUGCGGAAGGUGCAAGAAGAGUUUUUCGCAAACCGUUCCUGGCGUGGUGGCUCUUACACCCCAUUACCUCAUGGAUCUCCCAAUGCUUGUAAGUAAUGGGAUUCAAAUUUAA